CGCAAGAAAACAAAUAAUAGACGGCCUUCUUGAAGCCAAAGUAAUUGUGAUUUGUGGCACAUUGGCCUCCCCCGUACCCAUGGCCCAUCAGGCACACAACAUCCCAUGGACUCUCUUGUCUUCGAAUCUGAAAUGGGCCCCGGCUGGUUCUUGUAAUUGCGGCGCCACGAAUCUUCGCCCCAGAUUGAGACCCAAUCAGGGCAAGGAAUUAACAUACUUCGCCAACGCUUUUGCGAAGAAUAUUGCCGAGCAUUCAGCAUGCGAGCGCAGAAAAUACCCCGAAAAAUAUGAUGAGCCAAGCGCUACGGACGUUAUACUUGAUGAAGAUAUUGUCAAGAAGAUUAUUCCAACUGUCCGCCGAUGGCGCAGCGAGCGUGAGUCGGACUACUGUUGCGGCGGGAAUGCUUGCCGACCUCAUGAGGAUGGAGAGUGUCAAUGCCCUGCUCUCCCGUACGAGGAGAGAAGAGUGUCCGCGUUUUUCCGGGCAAGGGUCAUGAACGACUGCUAUAAGUUUUUUGAAGUUAACAAGGCUGGUUUCUUCAACCUUGAACUUGUCAAGACCUUGAUUUUGCACGGUGAAAUGGACCCUAUCUUACGCGCGAGUGCCCAUCCCCGCGUGAGCCUUAAAGAUUGGUGGCACGAUGGAGAAUGCAUGUGCAUGGAUCCUGAUCUCGGAUGGGACCAACUCUGCGAGAAGGCACUGGCUGCCUACAUGUGUUUGAAUGUGACAUAUUGCUUCCCGGAGAUGUGGGAUGUGGCGUCUGGUAAAACCGAAGAGACCGAUUAUCGCCAUACCAAAUUCUACCAACAUACGCUCAUGAUGUGCACGGAGGUUGGCAUCACCUCAGAUGUUGUGAUGUAUCCACAUCAACAGUUCUUCGGUGCCAUCAACCACAGGUUGGCUUCUGUGGAUGAAAAUCAUCGCUGCGGAAAAUUUCCGUUCGAUAAGUUUCUCGCCUUAAUGGGCUCGACCGAGCACCAGCCGAACUUAUCUGACGUCUGUCUUGUGCGCUGGAUGCUGUGUCGUAAAGGACUCCCUGUCGAGCUGUCAAUAGAGAUAAUGAGAUUUGCCGAAUACGUGCCAAAAGGGACCCUCAAAGUGCCACACGAUCCGUUCCACCCUUCCAACAGCGAAGAACUAGCCCUGUAUCUUAAAUAUUGCUGGCAGAUCCUGGUCCGCUGUGAUAUGAUGGCUAAGGCGCUUGAUAUGAAGAUUCCCUGGCAGAAUCUAAUCACUAAGUGCAUUAUCGAACUAUGGGGCUCCAAAGACUGCUGCUUAAGGAAGUGGUACGAGUGGCUGGGGUCUGGUGAGUAUGAUACUACCCGCUACGAGUUUUUAUAGAGUGCUCUUGAAACGGAAAGUAAAAAAAUAUAGCAGAAAGUUUCCGUUCCUGACAUUUGCACUUGCGAAAUCUGGGGUGAUAUUGAGACUCCAAAAC